AUGGCUACUGUCCUUGCUGUCCGGAGCGAGGUGACAGGCAAGCGCCCCAUCAAGCUGACCCCGAAGAUGCAGGGAGCUGGGGGUCUUGGUACCCGCUUGAGUGGCGGUGUCAAGAAGCGCAAGGCUGUUGGCGGCCGACUGAUCACGAAAGCGCGCAAGGAUGGCGCUUCUGAGCACGUCGAUGACAACGAUGAUGUCGACGAUGUUGCGGGCAACACCGGCAUUGACAACGCCUCUGCUGCCGCAGCUGACCCGUCUAGCGGUGCUGGUGAUGCCGCUCCCUUGGGGGUUCAAGUCCAUGCUGACGACUUCAGUGAUGAGGAGCAUGAUGAGGAAGAGGAACGCACGAAGCUGCAGACGGAAAAGCAAGUUUUAACCGUAACGCUCAUUUCCUGUGCCGCAGGGGACGGGCGACAGGACACGCUGAACAACAUCACCGAGCGUGAUGGGGCGUCGCUUCCCUCUCAAAGUCCUGCUGGGAGCCCCCUGGAGGGUGUUGCCGCGGCAUCUGACCAGGCUGCUAACGGGCGGCUUGCUGAGUUGGAGCGAACCACGCAGCAGCAGUCACAGCUGAUUUCGUCGCUUUUGUUGCAACUUAACAACGGGUCCUGCUCCCUGGAGAGGGGUGCGGUGGGUCAUGCCUCGGGGUCUCCAAGCACCAAUGGAACGCCGCGAUCAGCACCAACGUCGCAGCAAGCUCAUGUCGCCACACCCGAACGCGAAAUGCUGCAGCGCCCGACAUCCAACCGUGCUUCCCCUGCUGUGCCGCGGAAGCGGAAGUAUCCAACGAUGAAGAACAACGGUAACGUGUGCGACGUAGUCCUGCACACGUCACUCAGCGGUAUCCCGUUGAGGGACCAGAUCCUCAUGCGCCAGUUGCCUUCCUAUGGCAAGGCAUGGAACUCGACUUGUUCUUCUCGCAUGCUGAUUUGCCACGUUUCCAAGUUUCCAAAUCUCCCUAUUCUUUUCCGCAUUCCCAUGUACCAGAAAAAAAUGGAGCUUGCUGUGGUUGUGGCGUUCUUUCGCCAACCGGACGACGUUACGAGCGUGUACCCGUCAGAAAGCGUGGUGAUGCGGUGCCUCAUCGGUGUUUGGGGCGAGAGCAAGGCUGCCGCGCUAGUAGCAGUCAUGACGUACUGCGUGGCGCGGGCAGGCGCUUCAACGCGCAAGCAGAGUGAUUGGCGUGCGCGGAUCUCGAUGAAUGGGCGCCGGAAUUUUGCUGACGCCUAUGGGCUAGUUUGCGAAGCGAAUCCCCGCCUGAAGUUCGAUUACAGCGAGCUGAUUUGUGAUGAGGAGCGCACACCGACCCAAGUAUACAACUUGGAGAGCAAGGGUGGGAUACCACUGGUCAAGCCUCUUGAAAAGGGAGGGCUUCUUAUCUGGCACUUUGCUGAAGGCACGAUGCGCCCGUUUGGCACUGCGCUCUUCGACAUCAUCGUCCGCAACGCAUUUCAGAAGGGUGCUGGCGGGUCGGCUACGGUGGUGAAGGCGUACCACAUCGCCUAUCUGCUGUAUCUGUCCCCCUUUGAGUUCUCACUGGGCGAGUCAGGAGGGAGCCUGCAGCUCGCAGUGAUGAGCGGCACCAUCAAAUGGCCGCACCCGCCGCUCUCCGCCUCCUCCUUUCCAUCCCCUAAUCUCCCCUCUUUUCUCCUUCUCCCCAUUUUCCCCCCUCCCCCACCCCUACCCUUGCUUCCUGCACUCUUUCCCCGGCCCUUUCUCCCCAUUCCCUCCCGCCUUUUUUCUUCUCCUUUCCCGAACCCCAGGUACGGGCAGUCCCCCUUUGAGUUCUCACUGGGCGAGUCAGGAGGCAGCCUGCAGCUCGCAGUUGAAUAUUCCGUGGUGCACCACAAGGCUCGUGGCAAACGCAUUCCUACGGAUGCGGAUGUGAAUGCAGCUGACAUUGCCUGCUACCACCGCAAGGUGAAGGCGGCCAUUCGCAAGACCCUCGAGGAGUCCCCGGAUGACCAGCUUCCUGCAUGGUCGGAGCAGUAUCAGGGGUGGGUGUUUGGACCCACCGAGACUGUGGUGAUCUCGGGCAGCGGCUUCCCCGACCUCGUUCCCGAUGGGGCUGACCCCGAUGCCGCCGAGAAGAAGGCGGUUGCUCUCCUGUUCGAGUAUGCCCAGGUGGAGCCCGAGAAAGGCAAGAAGAAGAAGACGGGUUCCAACAACAGUGAUGCCACCAUGGAGCGUGAUCUCCUGGAUGAUGUGGGUGAGUGGGAGGAUGCGGAGGAUAGUGUGUAG